UCAUUUGACAUCGUUCGCCAGCCCUGGUGACAUGAUGCCAUGGUUGCAUUUCACGCGUUUUAGUAUAGCCUCCGAUAUUCAUCAUUUUGCCAACUCUAUUAAAUUCCAUACACAAUUUAAAAGGUUGUAAACAAAAGCCGCCGGACCCGGAAUCGCUGUAAGGACAACCGUCGGCGCAAUGGACACCUGCUUCUUCUGCGGCGCCGUAGAGCUGAGCGACACGGGCUCCUCCAGCUCCAUGCGCUACGAGAAGCUGUCGGCCAAGGUGCCGUCGUCGCAGAAAACAGUGUCCCUGGUGCUCACCCACCUGGCCAACUGCAUCCAGACGUCGCUGGACCUGAAGGCCAGCGCCCGGCUGUGCCCGCGCUGCUUCCAGGAGCUCUCCGACUACGACACGAUCAUGGUGAACCUGAUGACCACCCAGAAGAGGCUGACGAACCAGCUAAAGGGCGCUCUAAAGUCCGAGUUCGAGGUGCCGGAGUCCGGCGAGGACAUACUCGUGGAGGAGGUGGAGAUCCCCCAAAGCGAUGUCGACACAGAUGCCGAUGCCGAAGCGGAAGCCCUUUUCGUGGAGCUGGUCAAGGAUCCGGAGGAGUCCGACUCGGAGAUAAAGAGAGAGUUCGAGGAUGAGGAGGAGGACGACGACGACGACGAGGAGUUCAUCUGCGAGGACGUGGAGGUGGGCGACUCCGAGGCCCAGUAUGGCAAGUCCUCGGAUGGCGAGGACAGACCCACGAAGAAGCGCGUCAAGCAGGAGUGCACCACCUGCGGCAAGGUCUACAACUCCUGGUAUCAACUACAGAAGCACACCAGCGAGGAGCACUCCAAGCAGCCCAACCACAUCUGCCCCAUCUGCGGGGUAAUUCGGCGCGACGAGGAGUACUUGGAGCUGCACAUGAAUCUGCACGAGGGCAAGACGGAAAAGCAGUGCCGCUACUGUCCCAAGAGCUUCUCGCGCCCGGUGAACACCCUGCGCCACAUGCGCAUGCACUGGGACAAGAAGAAGUACCAGUGCGAGAAGUGCGGCCUGAGAUUCUCCCAGGACAACCUGCUCUACAACCACCGGCUGCGCCACGAGGCCGAGGAGAACCCCAUCAUUUGCAGCAUCUGCAAUGUGUCGUUCAAGUCGCGUAAGACCUUCAACCAUCACACGCUCAUUCACAAGGAGAACCGGCCAAGACACUACUGCUCCGUCUGCCCCAAGUCCUUCACCGAGCGCUACACCCUCAAGAUGCACAUGAAGACCCACGAGGGUGACGUGGUCUACGGGGUGCGGGAGGAGGCGCCCGCCGAUGAGCAGCAGGUGGUGGAGGAGCUGCAUGUGGACGUCGACGAAUCGGAGGCGGCCGUCACCGUCAUCAUGUCCGACAACGAUGAGAACAGCGGCUUCUGCCUCAUUUGCAACACGAACUUCGAGAACAAGAAGGAGCUCGAGCACCACUUGCAAUUUGAUCACGACGUAGUCUUGAAAUAAACUACCAUUGCCUACAAUAAGUAAUUGUAUUUCCCUAGAUUAUUUCCUUCUCUUUGUACUUGAUUAUUGUAGAACCCUACAAAAUAUAAUUUACUGGUAUUCGAAUACUGCGUUUGAUUUAGACAUUUUUCAAAAUAAUUGUACCCUGUCCUGUAACAUAAUCAUGAAAAUAUAUAAUUA